CGUGUGUUACGUUGCCACGAAAAGCCCGCCCAGUCCACGCCAAAUCGCUGGCCGCAACAAACCUCCAGCCUGUGCUGCCCCCACUCCCGGCUACACGACAACUCGCCCCUCUGCCUCCCCGCUCCCCCCGUACUCCGGCCGUCUCCCUCCCCUUCCCCCCAUAUAUACCUCUUCGUCCCCAUCGCCGUCUCCGGCAUCUCAGACCAUCGGGCAAAGAAACAGCAUCUCGACCAACACAAGAACAAGAGCAAGAGAUUCGUCACUCAGUCAGUCAGUCAGUCAGAGACCUUAAUUGCCGCCCGAGCAAAUACUACAAUGGGCCUCUGCGUGUCGUGCGACGCGGCAGCCGACGGUGCGGCGACGGCCAGGGUGGUGCUUCCCAGCGGCGAGCUGCGGGAGUACUCGCCGCCGGCCACGGCAGCCUUGGCCCUCGAGGAGUUUGGCGUCGGCCAGCAGCAGAAGCAGGGGUGGUUCCUAUGCGACGCCGACGCGAUGGGCUUCGAGGGCUCGGUGGCUUCGGUGGGCGGCGGCGAGGAGCUCCGGCCGGGGCAGAUCUACUUCGUGCUCCCCGCCGAGACGCUCCGCCGCCGCCUCACCGGCGAGGAGGUGGCCGCGCUCGCGGUCAAGGCCAGCGCCGCGCUCGUCAAGGCCGCCGCCUCCUCGGCCACCGGUGGCCGGCGCAGCAGGCGAGGGGGCUCGGUGUCGCCGCUCGUGUUCGCGCCGUCAGAGGAGGACUACUCGGCCGACACCAUGUCCUUCGCGGCGAAGAAGGCGGCCGUCGUGCAGCAGAAGCGGAGAGUGGUGGCGUAUCGUGGCGGGAGGUCGCCGCCGCGGUUCUCUCCCGACUUGACCGCCAUCCCGGAGAGCGAGUAGAUCAGGCGACGGCGUCAGGAAAAUUAACCAGCAGAAAUGCAUCGAUCUGUCAAGCGCCACCCUGUUUUUGUCUGGCUGUUUUACCAGACGGACGUGGGUUGGGUUCCACGCCGCGACGGACGGCAGGGCUGGCCGCGGCCGCCGGAGUUUAGAUCGGACGGCGGCGAGAUGGACGACGCGGGAAAUGCUUCGUAUGUGCAGUUUGGUUUUCGUGAGUGCUGCGUACUAGGACCGGUAGCGUUUCUGGUGCUGUUAAUUUAGGCGCCAGAAACACCGAGGAAAUGUAGAUAUAUGUGUAAAUAUAAAUGACACUAUAUGAAAGUACACUUAUUAUGCUCAGUUAA